AUGGUGUGUCUCUAUGUUGAUGACAUAUUUCUAACAAAGAGUUAUGAACAUGAGAUAGCUAAGUUCGAGAAGGUGCUAAGGAAUGAGUUUGAGAUAACUGAUCUAGAAAGGAUGACAUAUUUCUUAGGGAUGGAGUUUAUGUACUCUGAGAAGGGUAUCAUUUUGCAUCAGCUGAAAUAUGAACUUGAGCUUUUGAAGAGAUUCGAGCUGCUGAAUUGUAAGGCUGUUGUUACACCAUCAGAAACAAAUCAAAAAUUGAAUUAUGAUCCUGAGGGUGAUGAUGUAUAUGCUAUAACUUUCAAGCAGUUGGUUGGAUCUCUAAGGUAUCUGUGUAAUACCAUACCUGAUAUUUACUCUGCAGUUGGAAUGGUUAGUAGGUUCGUGAGUAAACCGAAGUGGCCUCAUUACCAAGUUUCUGUCAAGAUUCUGAGGUAUAUAAAGGGGACUCUGGAGUAUUGUCGCAUCCACUAA